AUGAGUCGCCUGCACACUCCGGGGAAGUGCCUGUCCCAGUUGAUUUUGCUGUACAGCUGCAGCGUGCCCACGUGGCUGAAGCUCACCUUGGACGAUAUGAAGGAACAGAUCUACAAGCGGGCCAAGAAGGGCCUGCCGCCCUCCCAGAUUGGUGUGAUCCUGAGGGAUUCCCAUGGUGUGGCACAAGUGCACUUUGUAACUGGCAAUAAAAUUUUGAGAAUUCUCAAGUCCAAGGGAUUUGCCCCUGAUCUUCCUGAAGAUCUUUAUCACUUGAUCAAGAAAGCUGUUGCUAUUCAAAAGCAUCUUGAGGGAAACAGAAAGGAUAAGGAUUCUAAAUUCCUUCUGAUUCUCAAGGAGAGCAUAGUUCACAUGCUGGCUCGUUACUACAAGACCAAGAGAGUUCUCUACCCAAUUGGAAAUAUGAAUCAUCCACAACCUCUGCUCUAG